UACACGCCGCACGCACUCAGGUCUCGUAUCCUGCUCCGCCUCGCCUCCUCCUGUGCUCCUUUCCUAAUCUGCCACUGCCGCAACUCGCCGCGCUCCUCGCCGUCGGCGAGGCACGGGAGAUCAUUCCGCCGGAAUUAUUCUCGUAUUUGGCACGCAGCUUCCUCUCCCUAAUUUUUCGGGCGCUCUAGGGUUCAAGGAGCCAUGGACGAGUGGAUUCGCCAAGCGGAGUCGUGGGCAGGCCAAGCCGAGAGCUGGAUCCGUCAGCAGCCCCCGGAGCAGAUCUACGUCGCGGCCGCGGUGGUUGCGAUCACAAUCCUGGUGCUUAUCGCAGCAUCUUGUCUAAAAUCAUCAAAACCAAACACUAUAGUGCUAUCCGGGCUUAAUGGAGGUGGCAAAACUACUCUUUUCUACCAGCUUCGGGAUGGAUCAUCGCAUCAAGGAACUGUGACUUCAAUGGAAGAAAACAAUGAUACGUUUGUGCUGCAUUCGGAGCAAGAAAGGAAAGGCAAAGUAAAACCUGUGCAUAUUGUUGAUGUUCCUGGUCAUGCAAGGCUCAAACCCAAGCUUGAUGAAGUCCUACCUAAAGCUGCUGGGGUUGUUUUUGUUGUUGAUGCUCAAGAUUUCUUGUCUAGCAUGCAAGCUGCUGCAGAGUACCUGUAUGACAUUCUGACAAAGGCAAUUGUAGUGAAGAAAAAGGUUCCUCUGCUUAUAUUCUGCAACAAGACAGAUAAAGUUACAGCCCACUCAAAGGAAUUCAUCAAGAAGCAGUUGGAAAAAGAAAUAAACAAGCUCCGUGAAUCAAGGAAUGCCAUAUCAUCAGCUGACAUCACCGAUGAAGUCCAGCUUGGGGUCCCUGGAGAGGCAUUCAACUUCAGCCAGUGCCAGAACAAGGUUACGGUUGCAGAAGGUGCCGGUUCGACCGGUAACGUUUCGGCUGUCGAGCAAUUCAUCCGUGAAUGUGUGAAGGCGUAGACCCUUAUCGGAGCUGCGAGUGGCUCAUAGGUAGAGGGCAAGAGGCAAGGCGUCCAUUGUGUCAAUGUGCUAUUCCUGCAUAUACCAAACCAGGUUUUCGCUGACCCUUUUUUAGAGAGGCAUUGCACUGCUAACUUCUGACAGUCAUUGGAUAUGAAAAAUAUGCAGCUUGUUAAGAACUAUCCCUGGUCA